UAAAUUUUGCUGUUAGCGUGCGCGAGAAGGGAGGGAGAGAAGAGCGCGGAGAGUUCUGCCGCGCCCUCUGAGCUGGAUUAAAUAUCAAGGCUUUUUGGUACAAGAAGGAAAUUUUGAACCCGCAGAAAAACUUGAAGCUGAUGGACGUUGUGUGGUCCAGGGGCAGGGAUGGUGGGCUAUGACCCCAGAGCAGAUGGCAGGAAUAUCUCCAAUCUCGAGGUGGCAGUGGCUGGAUCUGUCUCUGGACUUGUCACUCGGGCGAUGAUCAGCCCCUUGGACGUCAUCAAGAUCCGUUUCCAGCUUCAGAUUGAGCGCCUGUCUCGCAGUGACCCCAAUGCAAAAUACCACGGGAUCCUACAGGCCGGGAGACAGAUUUUGCAAGAGGAGGGCCCAACGGCGUUCUGGAAAGGACACAUCCCAGCCCAGCUUCUCUCCAUAGGCUAUGGAGCUGUCCAAUUUUUGUCAUUUGAGGUGCUGACCGAGCUGGUGCACAGGGCCAGUGUGCGAGAUGCCCGCGACUUCUCUGUCCACUUCGUCUGCGGCGGCCUGUCUGCCUGCGUAGCCACCCUCACCAUGCAUCCCUUGGAUGUGCUGCGAACCCGCUACGCAGCUCAGGGUGAGCCUAGGGUGUACAGAGCCCUGCGAGACGCCGUGGUGACCAUGUACAGGACGGAAGGCCCCGCGGUCUUCUACAAAGGCCUGACCCCGACCCUGCUGGCCAUCUUCCCCUACGCCGGCUUCCAGUUCGCCUUCUACAGCUCCUUGAAGCAUGUGGGCGAGUGGGCCAUGCCCUCCGAGGACAAGACGGACGGAAACUUCAAAAACCUGCUUUGUGGCAGUGGAGCUGGAGUCAUUAGCAAGACCCUGACGUACCCCCUGGACCUCUUCAAGAAACGGCUGCAGGUCGGAGGGUUUGAGCAGGCCCGAGCCUCCUUUGGCCAGGUUCGAAGCUACAAGGGCCUCCUGGACUGCGCCAGGCAGGUGCUGCGAGAGGAGGGCGCCCAGGGCUUCUUCAAAGGCCUGUCCCCCAGCCUGCUGAAGGCCGCCCUCUCCACGGGCUUCGUGUUCUUCUGGUAUGAGCUCGUCUGUAACCUCUUCCACCGCCUGAGGAAGGCGGACAGCUAGCCUGGACAGCAGGAAGGGUGGCCUGGCCCCUUGCCCGGAGACGCCCUCCUGAGAGAAGACUCGAUCCACAGUCUCGGGUUGUGCUGCGAUCAGGUGCUGCCUGGACCCUGCUCCAGGCCAGCUGUCCUGACCACGAAGAGCUGGGCAGGAGCCGUAACUCCACCAGCUCGGACGCCACCAGGAGGGCAGAGGCGUUUCUCCACGCGACAGCAUUUUCCUUGGUCUGCGGGAACCUGACCCUGCCCGUCAGAAGCUGGAAGCUGCCACCUGGCACAGACUCUAAGGGCAACAGCUGCCCUCCUGCAUGUCUUACCUCGUCUGCCCGGAGAACUCUCCCGGCUCUGGGCGGAGCCGCAGCCCCCGUGUGAGGCAGGGAUCCAGCCCUUUCCAGGGUCUGGUCCCCACACUUGACUUCUCUCUCCCACCGACUCACUUAAUAGACAUCAAGGCUGGAA